ACACACCCUUCUCACGCAGACGAGCAGGGCACACCUCUCUCUCUUCCUCUCUCUUCUCUCUCUUCUCACUCUCCACCCUCCCUUCCCCUUCCUCCCUCCCCCUGACUCCCUCUUUCCCUCCCUCGCGCCGUCCCCCUCUGCUAUCUCCCUCUCAGUACUCUCUCUCUCUUCUCUCAGUCUCUUCGUGUGAUCAAUGGCUUGACUUCCUCCUUGUAGGCAGCUGGGGAUUGAAGAGAGGAUCCUCUGUGUUCGCUUUGCAGUCUUGACAAGCAGCAGUGGCAGUCAGCAUCCGCCGCACGGAGAGGGGAGCACAACCAACCGGCACACACACACACACACACACACAUACAGGCAGAAUACAUAUGUCCGUACAUAUACACACACACUCACUCACACACCACACCAGCUCUCUCUAGCACAUAUUCUCUCACACAUACUCUCUCUAACAGACAUCCACAAACACUCUCUCUCCCAGAGACUCACACUCUCUCGCAUACAUCACACACAAACACACAAACACACACACACACACACAUCCAUGCAGGCAGGCACAUGCGGCCAGCCAGCGCGGACUGGGAGGACUGGGACUCGGUGAGCGGGCGGCCAAGAUGAGUGUGAGCACGGACGACGUGGUGUGCACCGGCUGGCUCAUCAAGUCCCCGCCGGAGAAGAAGCUCAAUACGCGAUACUCAUGGAGGAAGCGCUGGUUCGUGCUGCGCCAGGGCCGCAUGAGCGGCAACCCGGACGUGCUGGAGUACUACCGCACCAAGUCGUCGCGCAAGCCCAUCCGCACCAUCGACCUGCAGGAGUGCGAGGUGCUGACGCACGGCGAGCCCCAGCAGCACCUGCACAAGAGGCCCUUCCAGAACCAGCACCUGUUCGUGGUGAAGACCAGCGCCCGCGUCUUCUACCUGCUGGCCAAGACACAGGAGGAGAUGAACAGCUGGGUGCAGAGCAUCAGCCAGAUCUGUACCUUCAGCGUCCCCGAUGACACAGACUCUGCGGACAGUUUGUCUCACACAUCCCAGCAGCCGUCCCCGGCGGUGUCCCCUCGUGCGUCGCUGGUGUCCCCCGGCGAUGGGGGGGCCGUGAUGGGGAGUAGGGAGCGGGUCCCCGAGAGCGAGGGCAGCUCGCCCCCACACUACCUCAUCCUGUCACAGUGCAACACGGGCACCGUCACCAGGAGCAACAGCUUCACCAACUCCGAGCUGUCUCUGGAGCAGAGCUCGUCCGAGAUGGCCGCCGAGGACACCUUUUCGUCCCCUCUCUCCACCUCCACCAAUGGUGGCCCUCCGCCCUCCGUCACCUCCCCCCACCUCCUUCUCAGUGGCCACCACCCCCACCAACACCACCCCCACCACCUCCACUACCAACACCCCCACCCCCACCACCACCACCACCAUCACCACCCCACGUCCACGGCUGACGCCGCCCCCUUCAGCGCUCCCUGCGGCCCCACGCCCCUCUGCCCCUCGUCCUCCUGCACCUCUGCCUCCGUCUCCUCCAGCUCCUCCCCGCGCUCCCUCCAGCAGCUGCCCAGCGUCUUCUCCUUCGACCGGCCCUUCUGCCCCACCAACGCCUCCUCCAACGGCUCCAGCGCCUCCGUCUCGGAUCCCCACACGCCGCACUCGGCCCACACCCCGCCCCCGCUGCCCCCCAAGCCCACUCACUUCUCGGACGGCGCGACGGUGCCGCCGCCCCCUCUGCUCCGACACAGGGUCUCCUUGCCCUGCCUGGACUUCAGGAGAGUCUCAGGAGAGCCCGACAGCUUGGCAAGGAGGAGGAACAAAAUGGCGAGUCUCCAUCUGUCCUCCUUGGCAGCAGGUGGCAGCCUCUCGUGCCCGCCGCCGUCAUCAGACGACUCCUACGUGCCCAUGGCCUCCCCGCCCGUCUCCGCGGCGAUGGACGACGUGGCCUCCGAUGGCUACAUCCCCAUGAGCCCCGCCUCCUUCCCCGUCGCAAGGAAUGCUGGGAAGGCGGAGGCGCCGCUGCCGGCCGGGGCCGACCUCGAACCUCCGCCCGUCAACCGAGAGCUGAAGCCCAAGCUGAGGCGAGCGCGACCGCCACCUCUUGACCUGAGAGGGUUGUCCACCAUCAGAGAGCAUCUCCCAUUGGUCAGAAUGCACACAGAGCCCAGCUCGGGGCACCCCUGCAUGGCGGCUGAGCAGAGCCGAAGAUUGAGGGCCUUGACUCCAGCGGACCCCGAGGCCUUGGCCACUCCUACGGAGCGACAGCCGUUCUUCCCGGUGGGAGGGGAGCAGCCCUGGAGGGGAUCCCGUCUGGACUACAUAGCCGUCGACUUCAACUCUGCCUCCCCCUCUCCUGUGCUCAAGAAGCCGCUCCUGUCGGAAGAGCACAGGGUGGACUAUGUCCAGGUGGACAAAAAGAAGACUCAGGCCCUGUUCGAACUCAGCAAGGAGUGGCAAGAUGUCCGCCAGUCGCAGGCUUAGCCGCCGCCUCUAUCUCAGCCAGACCAGAAGCUAAAGACAUGCCUAAAGACAUAAAGACAUACAGUACCUGUACCUGUCCAAUACGGGUUGGUAACAGUCUUCUGGAA